GUUUGACGCCAGCGGCCACUUGGAGCCGUUGGACACGCGACGCGCGGCUCCACAUUGCAGUGCAUUCCGCAAAUGAGCAUGGCCUCGACACUCGUACCGCGUUCGCUGCUACUGCUGCCGUUCUUUCUCCACGUCGCGUCGAGCCUCAGCGUCGGCGGCAACAGCACGUUCGACAACCAAGUCAACAAGAUCCUGCACUGGACCGGCGACGACUUUGCCAGCCUUGGGCUCGGGCCCGAGAUCGUCGCCGGCGUCGCGAUUGGCGCGGGCCUCCUCGCGACCUUCGUUGGCUACAAGCUUGUGCGGCCCACAAUCUUUCUCGCCGGCUUCACGCUCGGGUCCGUGGGCUUUUUCCUCCUCGCCGAGCGCCUCUUUGCCAAUGCGUCGUACAUUGACACGGCGUGCUGGAUCGCGUUCUUUGUCGGCGGCUUCCUCGUUGGUAGCUUUGUGCUCUGGCUCUACAAGCUCGGUAUCUUUUGCGUCGGUGCGCUCGCUGGCGUCCUGCUCGCAACCCAAAUUCACAACUCGUUUGGGUAUUUGAUCUACCCGUCGAGCCCCAACACGGUGCUACUCGUGCUGCUCGUGGUGCUCGGCCUCGGUCUUGGCCUCGUCGCGCUCAAGCUCGAGCGUCCGUUUCUGGUGUUUGCGUCGAGCUGCUUUGGCGCCAUUGGCGCGGUCUGGGGCAUUGGCUUCUUCGCCGGCGGGUACCCGAACGCAGCGUAUCUCCAAAAGACGUUUGCCAACGGCGACUGGAUCUACCACAUCCCGAGCUCGUGGUGGUAUUACCUCGCAGGCACCGUCGUGCUCUGCGGCCUCGGCAUCGCGGUUCAGUUCCAAGAGCUCAACAAGACCAAGCGCGCCGCGGCGUCUUGCUGCGGUGCGUAUGGAGCACGAAGGCCAGCGUGA